AUGCUACGGGACACCUUUCGUGACACGGAUGUCCAGUGCCAGCCCAGCGAGCAUGUGCUGCAGCGCGCAGCCGUGGUCUUUACUGCUUUCUUGAGUUGCUUUUUCGCGGCUGGACUGACGUUCGGAUUUUCCGCUUUAAUGCCGAGUCUACUGGAUGACGGGGCUUUUCACGAGGACUGCCUUCACAAGGAACGCAAGACUUGCCACGCCCAGCGCUUGCAUCUCGUUUGGGUUUUCACGCUGGGAUCAUCCGCCUCGGCCCUUUCCACGCUGCCCCAGGGCAUCUUGUUGGAUUGGCUCGGGCCCAGGAUGUGUGGACUGAUCUUCAAUGCUACAGUGGCUGCCGGAUGUGUGUUGUUCUCCAUGGGCGGGUCGGGGCUAUGGCACGCUGCAUACACUCUGGGCUUCGUUCUGAUUGCAGUAGGGGGCUCCGGCGUUUUCGUGAGCACCAUCAGCUUCGGCAACCUCUUCCCCAACAACGCUGGCCUCAUCUUGGCGAUGCUGGUUGCCUGCUUUGAUGCCUCGAUGGUCAUAUUCGAGUUGCAAGCGCUUCUCAUUUCCUCCGGCAUGACUGUCGGAACUACUAUGCGUCUUUAUGCGCUUAUUCCUGCAGCUCUUGCAGUGGCAGCUAGUCUUCUCUGGCCCACGGCAAACGUCCCGGGCGCACAGGAGCGCCGUUCGGAGGAUUCCAAAAGUGCUGACUUCUGGGGCAAAGUCCUCAGCGCGGACUUCCUCCUCUUUGUCUAUGCAGCGGUGGUGGACGUGUUAAGCGUCAAUUAUUUUGUCGCAACGGUAUACCCGCGCUUGCUGUCAGUGCAUCACCGCGACGCGAGCAUGCUCAACUCGGCUUUUGCAUUCCUCCUUCCGGCAGGAGCCUUUGUCUACGCCCCCUUGAUUGGCUUCGUUCUUUUCCAUUACGGCCCGGCAGCCGGAUUCCUCAUCUUUAGCGGUGCUUAUUUCAUUAUGGUCAACGUGCUCGGGAUCUUUGAGUUGGGCAUGCUCCGGGGCAACUUCUGCGCUUGGGUGGCUUUUGCGCUCUUCGCACUUUGCCGGCCGCUGCUGUAUGCUUCCGCGAAUGCCCUUUGCGGAGACCUCUUCAGCCACCGCCACCAUGGGCAAAUGUACGGCCUGGUGAUGACCUUGGGCGGCUUUUGCAGCUUGUGGAUUCGUCCAUUGGCGGGAUUGGCAGCUUCAGACAGCUACCUGAAAGUUGACUAUGGCCUGCUCGUGCUGCAGGUCUUCGCAACUGCACUUCCACUUCGAGUUCUCUGGAAUGUCUCCACUUUGGAGCAUGCUUCCAAGGGCGCAUAUUCACCCGUCUCUCAGCGUGAACGUGAUCCCAUACUGACUGAGAAGGAAGCGUAA